AUGUAUCCAAAAAAGAAUUUUGAUAAACCUGACCCAACUUCUCCAUAUGCACGUCAAUAUGAAGAGUCAGAAGAGCAGAGACAAGCUUAUGGAGCAUCCGCCAAUCCAACCAUGAUAAAUCUUACUGGAAACCAAGACCAACGAUUAAACAUACUAAAUCAACUUGGAAUAAGCAACAGGAAUGUAAUGCAAUUUUUAAUAAAUAUGUUUAUUUAUGUUGCUGCCAUAUUAGUCAGUUUAAAAGCAUGGGAUUACAUGUCAUACAACAAAUGUGAUUAUUACAAAGACUUAUUAUUAAGAAUUGUAAGAUAUCAAUCACAUAUGAAGGAUGGUAAAAUGAUGUAA